AGCCCCAGAGGAAGUCGCAGCCACCACCCACCGUGCCUCUCACCACUGGGGCCCUGGGAGCCCCACAGAACCGGAACCUGCGCUGUGAGCCCCAGGCCUGUCGAAAAGCAGCCGGGAGAAGAUGGAGCCCGAGCCCCUCUACAACCUGCUGCAGCUCCCCAAGGGCAUGGCUCCAUCCAUGGAGGAAGACGGGGAGGAGCUGCCUCAAGGAGAAAAGAAGAAAUACCUGCCCCCCAAUUCCCGGAAGGACCCCAAGUUCGUAGAGCUGCAAAAGGUGCUGAUGGAGUGGAUCAACGCCACCCUCCUGCCCGAGCACAUCGUGGUCCGAAGCCUGGAGGAGGACGUAUUUGAUGGGCUCAUCCUGCACCACCUCUUCCAGAAGCUGGCGGGGCUCAAGCUGGAGGCCGAGGAGAUCGCCCUGACGGCUGCCAGCCAGAGGCGCAAGCUGGAGGUGGUGCUUGGGGCUGUGAGCCAGAGCCUGGGCACAGAGGAGCUGCAGGUUCCAUGGAGUGUGGACGCCAUCUUCAGCAAGGACCUGCUGGCCACUCUGCACCUGCUGGUGGCCCUGGCCCGGCACUUCCAGCCCACUCUGGCCCUGCCACCCAACGUCCGGGUAGAGGUCGUCACCAUUGAGAGAGCCAAGAGCGGCCUCAAGUCGGAGAAGUGGGAGGAGCAGCUCACAGGCAGCAGUACAGACAAGGACCAAACUCCAAAGGAUGUCUUUGAUGAAUUAUUCAAGCUGGCUCCAGAGAAAGUGGGUGCUGUGAAAGAGGCCAUCGUGAGCUUUGUCAACCAGAAGCUGCAGCACUUGGGGCUGUCGGUGCAGGAUCCGGACACACAGUUUGCAGAUGGAGUCGUCUUGCUCUUGCUGAUUGGACAACUGCAAGGGUUCUUCCUGCACCUGAAGGAGUUCUACCUCACUCCCAGCUCUCCUGCAGAAAUGCUGCACAAUGUCACCCUGGCCCUGGCCCUGCUGAAGGACGAAGGCCUGCUCAGACACCCCAUCAACCCCGAAGACAUCGUGAACAAGGAUGCCAAGAGCACACUGCGGGUGCUCUACAGCCUCUUCUACAAGCACAAGCUGGAGGCAAAGGAGGAUGGGGGCCCCCGGCCAAAUUAGCCGCACCGUCCCCCCAAGCUGCUUCUCCUGCGCCUGUCCUGUUUCCUUCGCAUGAGUGCCUUAGCUCCUCUAGGGGUGAAGCCAACUGUGGCUUGUUCAUUUUGUUUUCGCUGAAUGACUCAUGUGGGGCCCUGAGACUGCGCCAGGAUCUCAGGCAUGGCCCUGACACGUGCAUUAGGGCGAGCUCGAUCCCCAAGCUGUGACAGCCCCAGGAGCCUCUGUCCUGUCCUGUGGAGCUCCACGUCCAUCCCCCCCCGGGGUCCCAGGCAGUGAAAGUCAGUGAUGACCACCUAUCCUGGAGCUCCUGGGCUCGGGCAUUGGAGUGAUGGCUCAGGACCCAGCCCCUGCCCACAGCUGCCUGCUGUCUGCCUCCCCACUAGAGGUGACAGCCCCAGGAUCCCUACUCAGACACAGGAGCCCCUCCAGGGUCUCAAAGCCACAUGGCGUGGGGAUGUGACCUUGAUUACUUGCCAAAGCAGCUGUGGCCUGGGCCAACCCUGCCCCACAGCCUCAACUCGGAGAUAUGCCCAAAUGUCAUGCAGGAGAAAUCUCUGGCUGAUUGAGGGUUCAGGUCAUCUCCAGUCUAUCCCUGGGGAAGCGACUGUUGCUCUCUCAAGUGAGGUUUGGUAUCUUCUGCAGAGAAAACCUGGUAGGAGAACUGAACACAGUCCUUCCAGGAGUGGCUUCCAGAGCAACUUAGCAGCUAUCUGAUGCAAAACAGCUGGGGGAGGCUCACCCUGCAGGGGUGGAGGGGUGUGGGGUAGAGGGUGGAGGGCACCGGGACCCAGCUGGCUGCUGCUCCUCCUGGGUGCUUCCUGCCCUCCGGACUCAAAGCAUCCAUCUCCCCACCUACCCCAGGACACAGCCUUCCUUCCCUGUUCAGGGCUGUCACAGUUUGACAGCUUGGGCUGGGAGAGGGGAUGGGUGGUCUGGCCACCACUGUCAGGCUUGACAGCCUGUCCUGCAGGACUGACACGGGGAGCCUGAGAAAGCGGCACCAUCACCAUCCCGGCCACCUGUCCGGCUGCCACCUGAUUUGUAAAGGAAACCAAAGCCUGCAGAAGCCUCAGCUCAUCGGGCGCACCCCGUCUGCACCCAUACCCGCUUCCUUGUGCCCUGAAUGGGACCCCUGUCCUGUACUGCAAGUGCCCUUCGACCUCCACAGGACACUGUUCUGUCCCUGAGCAUCCUGCGGUUGUGCACACACCACGACCCCACUUUCCCCACGCCAGGCUUCAUCGUGAGGCAGCAGCCCCACCACACCCCCAUCUCUGUUCCCUCCGCACGAAGGCCUCGUCCCCUGCACAUGCCUCUGCUUGGCUUCCCAAGUCUUCCUGUGUUUCAUUUAACAGCAGAUUUUUAAAACAAUGAAAAUAAAUUAACUUUCUGUAGCUUGAUGGAGGAUAAGUUAGGGGUGGUAAAAUCUCCCAGUUUAAGGGUGCGCUUAGACAGAUCCACAUGGCAGGUACCCUCGGCCCGCAGGGGCAGCGCCCUUUAGCUCCAGCUCCUCCUGCCAUCUGCUUUCUGUCGCCAUGGCUUUGUCUUUUCUAGGAUUUUUCAUAAGCUGCUUCAAACAGGAUGUCACCUCUGGGGUCUGGCCUCUUUCCCUUAGCAGGACCUUAGCUUUUGUUUUCCAACUGUUGCUGUCAUCCACUUUGUCCUAAUCUCACUAAGCCAGCCCUAUGUUCUGACCUAGGACAGGACCGUUGUAUGGGUAUUUCAUAAAUUUCACAAUGUGUUAUUUUGCUCAAAAAAACCCAAACCAAAACCAAACCCCCACAGCGUCAGCAGAAGAGAUUGCUGAGCGCGAGAGAAGGCCGCACACUGAGCCACGCGGUUCCCACUUCAAGUGCUCCUUGUGUCUUCCUCCAUCUGGUUCCUCCUGCCUGAAGACUCUGUCCCGGCUCAUUUUCUGCUCUUGUACUGUGGCUCAUGCCCAGAGCCUCACACUUGCUAGGACACCUGGCACUGAGUCAUUCGUGAAGAACAGAGAUUCGUUUCCUACGGCUCUGGAGGCCAGGCAGCCCAAGGUCAAGGGCAGGCCCUGCAGCCAGGGCUUUUUGCCGUGCCCGGCUGGCCCACAGCAGCAGGCCGAAGGGCAAAGACAUCACGUGAGUGUGGAACAAAAGGGCAUUGAACUUGCAGCCAGAAAUGGCCUAGAAUCAGCACUAAUCCUUUUACAUGUGGAGCCCUCAUGGCCUACAACCCUUCCAUGGACCGCAUCUGUGGACUCUGGCUUUUAUUGGGGGUACAGCUUCAACGCACAAUCUUGGAGGGUCACAUUCAGACCAGAGCAAGCUCUUGAAGCAGGUUGUGUGGUGCCGGUCUACUAUUAAUGGGCUUUUGUCCCUACAGAAAUGGAUUUGGUUUUGCAAGAUAACUUCCCUGGGUGUAGAAUUCCAACAGCCUGUUCUUUCAAUACUUCAAUGGUGCCUCUCCGGAGCCUCCCGGCUGACGUGGUUUCCGCGCGAAGUCUCCGCUCCUCCUGUCUUCCGUCCUCUGCUUCUUCUCUUUGGCUGUUCUUGAGGCUCCUUUUAGCUCCGCUUCCAGCAGCGUGAUGACCAUGUGCCUCGGUGGGAGGUACUCUGUGGUUCUGCCUG